AUGCAAGCCUUGGUGGUCUUGGAGCUGUUCUUUUGCAGAAAAGAUCGACAGCUGAAGGUUUCCGCCCUGUGGUAUUCAAAUUACGAAGCCUUGUCCCUAUUUAACUACCGAGAGAGAAAGGCGCUAGCGAUCCGAUGGGGGAUCAAGAAGCUGAGAAAAAACCUUUUGGGAGCACAACAAUUCAAAGUGAUUACAGAUCACAAACCACUGCAAGCGAUGUUCAACAAAACCGCAGGUGAUUUACCACCACGCAUCGAGAAGUUCAUUAUGGACGUCCAGGAAUACGAGUACGUUGUAGAAUAUCAUCCCGGGAAGACCAACAUAGCUGAUUACUUAUCAAGGCACCCACGUACAUAUGCUAUUUCAAGCAGCGUCCAGGCAGCCGACGAAUUUGCUCGGACCGUGGUUCGAGCGGAAACAGUUAUGCUAAUCAACAACGACACAGCAGUUAUCAUGCAGGAGAUAAGAGAGGAAACACGUAAGAAUACAACUCUCACGAAACUCAUACACACCAUACAAACUGGUCUGAAUGAAACAUAUGAAGAACUUUUGCCUUAUAUGGCAGAAGAGGUUAAACACGACCUGCAGAUUAUAUAGACGGAGUAAUUUAUCGCGGGAAACGAUUGGUCCUACCUGAAACCCUACAGCUCCGAGUUAUCGCAUUCGGGCACGAGGGCCAUAAGGGAAUUAGCAAAACAAAAUCUUUCAUCCGGCAAUCCUGUUGGUUUCCGGGCCAGCUGGAUGCCAAAUCAAAGAAUGCCAAAUCAAAGAAUGCCAAAUCAAAGAAUGCCAAAUCAAAGAAUGCCUUCCUUGCCGAGCAACGCAACCAAGUCGAUAGCACGAGCCUAUUAAAGCAUCGGAAUCACCAAAGGGACCUUGGCAAUUCGUCGAAAUGGAUUUUUCAAGGGCCAUAUCCCAAUGGAGAAUACAUGUUCGUGAUGAUCGACAGAUACAGUCACUGGCCUGAAAUAGCAUUCUUCAGGCAACCGCCAACAGCAAAAUCGACCAUCGACGUGAUGCAUUGCAUAUUCGCCAAUAAAGGCAUACCGGCGGUUUGUCAGUCAGAUAAUGGUCAGCCUUUUCAAUCAGCAGAAAUCAAAUCAUUUGCGUCGAAACAAGGAUUCGUUCUAAAACAUAUAACACCGGAGUGGCCACGAGCAAACGGAACUGUACAACGAUUCAACAGAUGCAUGAAAGAAGCCAUACAGGCCGGUCACGUCGAAGGGAAACCAAUGCGAGACGCAGCCACGACCUUCCUUCAGUCCUACCGAGCGAGCCCACAAACGACAACAAAGAAAAGCCCAUUUGCAGCUAUGCACGGGGGACGCGAGAUGCGAACAAAAUUACCAACGGAGACACAUUGUGAUGACAUCGUUGACCAAGAAUAA